GGUGUGCACGCCACUGAAGGGUACAAUUUCUUGAACAGUGGGCUACGUCUCAACAAAACAAACCAGGAAAACUAUACGGUUGCCAUUUUUUAAUGGGUUGUAAAAAGGACCGUGUGGAAAUCUGAUUUGUGUUGAGGUUACUCUUUGUAGAAGACUUGGGAAAUAUACAACCCAGCUGUGAUGGACAUAAUGUUUGCGGUGCAGGAUGCCUGUGUCUCUGGUCAAUGGCUUACUGCAAUAAUUCUCAGUCUGUGCUGCUUUCUGCCGUCUUGCUUGCCCGCGGGACAAACUGUGGACUAUUCUUCGAUUGAAAGUGUGGUGAGCAGACAAGGCGACACGGCUCUUCUGAGAUGUUAUCUAUUGGAUGGGAUCUCAAAAGGAGCUUGGCUGAACCGGUCCAGCAUCAUAUUUGCAGGGAAUGACAAAUGGUCUGUGGACCCACGUGUCUCCAUUGUAUCAAGUGUGGGGGAUAAACACGAGUACAGUUUGCAGAUACAGAAGGUGGAUGUAACAGACGAUGGCUUGUACACUUGUUCCAUUCAGAGUGAACGCAACCCACGACCAAAGCACCUCCAUCUAAUUGUAAAAGUUCCUCCGAAGAUAUAUGACAUUUCUUCUGACAUCACAGUUAACGAGGGCAGCAAUGUAUCACUCAUCUGUACAGCCAGUGGAAAACCAGAGCCCACGAUCUCCUGGAGACACAUAACACCAUUGGCCAAGAAGUAUGGCAGUGGAGAAUAUCUAAACAUCUCAAGUAUCACCCGGGACCAAGCAGGGGACUACGAAUGCAGUGCUCUAAAUGACAUUGCCUCUCCAGACACCAAGACGAUGAAAGUCACUGUCAACUUUGCUCCAACCAUCCAUGAGACGAAGAGCCAUGCGGUAGGGCUAGGUCGCACUGCUCUGCUGAGGUGUGAGGCUGCAGCUGUUCCUAUCCCAACAUUUGAGUGGUACAAGGGAGAGAAAAGGAUUAACAAGGGUCAAGGCAUUGACAUCAAGAACCUCAGCUCCAGAUCAGUGCUCACCAUGACCAACAUGACAGAGGAUCGCUAUGGUAACUACACUUGUGUAGCCGUCAACAAGCUGGGGACAGCCAACACCAGUGUCCCUCUCAUUCCAAUUAUUGAACCUACCACAACUAGUGCUGUCUCAAGCCCAGCACCCAACACUGCACCAUAUGGGAGUACAGGAAGUGCACAGGUCCUAAUGGCCUGCCGGUACCUGGUCUUGGCUGUCUCCUCCUUCAUCAGUGUAUACUAGUAGAGGGCAACCAAACACAGUGACUGUAAAGAGCCUUUCAAGCAUUCAUCAAUGCUUUUACAGGCUGAUGGCUCGAUCCAAUCUGGUACAGUUUGUUUAAGUCCGUAUUGGAUAUAAUCAGCAUUACCUUUGUGGGGAGUUUUCUUUUCUUUUUUCCCAAAAUGGAAGUUACAAUCCUUGUAAAUACCUAGAAAUCUGUUUUGUUUCUAAAAGAUCAUUCUGAUUGCCCACUUUGAGAAUCAAUGCUCAUUGUCCUUAUCAUAUGCCCUCAUGGCUACAAAAUGAGCUCUUUCAUUUGUAUCUAGCCAUGGGGUUGUAGUGUGGAAAUCAACAUUUGCAUCUUUGUUUUUGUAAAUGGCAGAAAAAUGCCAUAGUGCCAAGUUCCUCAGUACGCAAUUUCCACAUCAAUCAUCUAAACAGUUUUUAAAUAUAAGACUGUCCAACAAAGAAAUAUAUACAUUCACAUGCACAACAUUAAUUAUGCAUUAAUGUAUGGUUGUGGUUUUCAAACGUUUGCAUUAUAAUAAUAGGUAUAUAGAUUACUAAAUAGCUAAACUGAACUUUAAAUUUACUCAAACCCCCCCUCUAUUGGACCAAUAUAAAAUAGACAGUUUGUUGCAUUUAGAAAUUAGUCUUACAAUUUCAUGUUGUUUGCCUCAUCUAUUAUCAAGUAAAUAACAUAGGAGGAAGUAUCUUACUUUAUACUCUUUGCAAUUUUGGUUCCUUGGAAGUGGAUGUGUGGUCUUAUUAUUAAUGCCAUUCAUUUCCAUUGAAUCAGCAGCCACACAUUUUUGCACCGUACAGGAUUAAUGGAAGUCACAGCCCUGUGUUAACUUGUUUGCAUUUAUGAUUUUUCAAUGAUCAUCUCCUCGCCAUAUUAAUUAAAGAUAAAGUUUAGCAGAACAAAAACUGAUACAGGGAUGAGUAGCAAUGUUCGACAUACAGGUAUAAUCCAAUUGACAAAGAAACAUAAAAGAGUGGAGCAAGACUUGUGCUGGAUAGUGUACAUGACUUUCCUUGUUUCCUGUUCCUUGUCAGGCUUUCUUCAUUCCUGCAGUUUUGCAGCAUUAGAAUCUAUGUUUAGACAAUGAUUCAGUUCCUUGAGCCCAAUAAUAGCUUAAUAGGAUUAGAAGUAGUGUUCACAUCAAAUGGCUCAAGUAUAUAUCAUGAAAUCCAUGAUUUUACAUAUAGAUUAUGUGACGAUUUAAAGUUGAACUAAGGUCCAUUUUCCAGUUGGCUAAUACACUUUAUUGUUAAUCUAACUUGGGGCUUAACAGAUAAAAAUACUUGAUCAAACAUUAUUAUUAGUUUUAGUUUUUGACUAAAUUUGAAAAUGAACCGUAGUUGAUGUCACUUUCAUGUUUGAGAUGGUUCUGAGAGGUCAACAGAAUUUAAAUGUAUGUCUUACUUCAGUGUUGUUUUUCAUGGGGUAACCUGGGCAAGGAAUUCUCUGUGGAUCUAUAUGACAACUGCUUAACACACAAUUCAGUAACAAAACAUGUAACUAUAAAUCUUUAGAAAGUAUAGCCAUCAAAAUUGAAGACUGAAAGCACAAAUACUUUUGUUUUGUUGAUUACGUGUUUGUUUUUAAAUAUGAAGAUUUUGUUUUGCGGGGGGGGUAUGGUUUUUGUACUGAAAAAGGUUAUCCGCUUGUUUUAUGAAUACUGCACCAUAUUAUCUUGUUUAAAUGUUGAAGUAUAUUGCAAAAGGGGUCAAAACUACUGUAUAUUUAUUACAUUCCUUUGUGAAAACACUGUAAAGAAAAAAAUAUAGCUGUGAAUCUGGAUAUGUGAAAUUAUUUGAUUGAGGCAAGAUAUGGCAUAGUUUAUGCUGUUGUCAACCAAUUUAGAUGCCAUUAUUGUUGUUAAUUCUUGUCAAACAAAUAGAUUAAAAGACAAAUGUUUGGAAACUAAUUAUCUACUUUUUGAAAACCAAGAAGGUGCAAUCAAAAAUAACAGUAUAUAGAAAUUAGUAAUAUUUGUGUAUAUACAGUAUGGAGAGAAUAGGACUUAUUUUGAUGUUAUUGUUAGAACAGGUGUGUAAAACGUGUAUUUGAUGAUGUGCAGAGUAUGAAUGUGGAUGUUAAAUUUAACUGAUGUUUAAAGGUUGGCCAGUUUACAAAUAAUCAGUUUUUUUGAAGCCAGUUUUAGAGAAGCCUUUUGAUCUAUAACCAGACAAUUACUUCCACAAUUAUUCUACAUGUUAUAAUACAUUCUAUGAUCAUUCUAUCUGAUGACACUGCAUUGAUGUUUUGAAGUCAUAGUAAAUGUGGCACAUUGGUGACUGCAUGAAGUGUGUUGGUUACCUGUUAUGCAGCUGAGACCUUGGUAUUAUUACACAUUUAUGAAUGUAUAUUAUUUUGAAUGCAUCACAUAGUGUAAUCAAGUCACUAUUAUUUACAAUGAAAGUUCUCAUUCUCAAAAUAUAUCUGACUCAAUGCACAAUCCAUUGUAGGUUCCAUUACAAUACCUGAACAUAUCCAUGUCUAGAUUUUGCAAUACCUUGAAUUUGUCCUAUAGGACCUGAUGGAACAGUAUAAAUUAGAGACUUCACGAAGUAACAUGUUAUUAUUGUUGCACUACUCUCCAAUUUGAGCACCAAACAUUCACCAUUCUUCUAAAGGGAUAGUUACUUUUUUAUUUAACCAGAGUGCCAGAUGUUACUUUUGGUACUACUACUGUUUUGUCGUGCCAUAAAGGUUUAUUGUAGCAUUGAUAAAGAAUUUUGACACAAUGUUUGCUCAAGGACUUCCGUACUUACUAUCUUACAGUAAUGGUGGGCAAAUGACAAACUGUAGACAUGACACAUGCAAUAAAAGACCACGAUAACUUG